CUAUUUUUCUUUUAAAUGCAGCAGCUUCACAAGAUAUUAACCAAUAAUAUAAUUUAACUCAUAAAUCGAAAAUGUGCCAUGGUACCAACCUGUAGGAUAUUCCUGAAGCAAUCUAUGGCACAUUUAAGACUAUUAGAUGUGAAUGCUGAACAUUUCUUUGAUUGUUCUGAUAUCAUUUAAAAAAAUCGAAAUUACUGUAAUUUCAAUAGUAAAGGAAGAACACGGAGAUAGUGCUAUUGCUCAAUUCAGCUUCUUUUUGUCAUCAUAGUGGUGUGUAUACGGCGAUAUUUCAUUAUAUAUUUGCAAUUGUUCUGCUGUCAAAAGCUCCAUUUUGUUAUGAGCGGCGUUGCCAUAGAAACAGAAAUUUCAAUGUACGUGAACAGCUCCUAACAGAAUGCCAAAGUCUAAUUACGGUAAUUCUAAUAUGAUUCAGUCAAUGAAAGCUUUUCAAACUGUAAACUUAAAAGUAUAACGCUUACAUAAAAAAGCAAAAAUGCAUUGUGCAUCGAAGACUGAAUAUUAUCAGCAAAACAAAAUUUGAAUGAAGGCUUUACGUUACGUGGUUUGAAAAACAGAGUGAACUGUGAAGUGAAGGAUAAAACUUAAAUUAUUAUAAUUUUAAUUAAAAAAAAACUUGGCACGCAGCCGCUGCGUAACGUUCUGGAGGCGCGUUCCAAAAGCGAACGCGCGCGAAACGCUGCCUCGCACAACUUCAAUGACAAUCUAACGUUAACUUUCCCUUUCCUGAAAUUUCGUGCCCGGUCUGCACAAACGCCGCUUUCUUCCGUUUUCCAUGUCAUUUCCUGUAAUAAAAAGAUGGUGGUCAUAGCAGAGAGAAGCAGCUGACUGUGGUACAAACAUUUGGAGAUGAUAAACUUUGCAUCGCCCGGGACUAGUGAAAUCCCCCCGUGCCGUUGCGUCACCGCCGCGUUUCUCGGAGCGGCCGAAGGCGAGACGCUCCGCGGCUGAAGAAGACCACCAAAGACCCCGCGACGCACUGCGUAUAUUCUAUAGACGUUUUAAUAUGUCGAAGUGAAAGGAGGCACACAGGGGUCUCUCCUUCCUGCCCAGAUGACAGAUGUUCCAGAGCAUUCCUCCAUGGAAGUUGAGGCCGAAUGCAGCACCAGUGCCUCAAAUGAGAAGUCAACUGAAGAGCCAAAGAAAAAACGAAAAGUUGACCAUGAGCAUUCGACCAGUUUUUGGUUCUGUGAAGAGUGCAAGAAGUAUUUCUUGGAGGAGUGCCCUACCCAUGGGCCCCCUGUUUUUGUGCCAGACAACCCUGUGGCAUCAGGGGUGCCCAAUCGGGCAGCUCUCACUGUACCUUCGGGCAUUGAGAUCCACCGAGAUGGUAAUAAAGUGGAUGUCUGCUGCAUGGAUGAAAAUAUACCAAAGGGGGCGCUGUUUGGUCCUUAUCAAGGCCAAAUAAUGGCCUCGGAUAAACCCUCAGGGCCAUUUUCUUGGAUGAUUGUUGAUAAGGACAAUAAAUAUAAAUUCAUUGAUGGGAGUGAUGAAACUACAUCUAACUGGAUGAGGUUUAUUCUGAUUUCUUCUGAUGAGAGUAAAAAGAACUUGAGUGCGUUUCAGCAUGGGGAAGAUAUCUACUUCCGAGUGUGUCAGAGACUGGCGAUGGGCGAGAAACUCUGUGUGUGGUACAGCAGCGAGUACAUGAGGCGACUACAGAAUGUGUCUCGGGACAGCAUUGACCGCAAUCUGGACACAGGAGUAAAAUUAGAAGAACAAGAGGAGCCCAAAGGUCCAGUGUUGAGAUCUGCAAUGCACGGUAGACGAACCCUAAGCAAGCAUGGAAGUGAUGAGGCAGAAAACCAGCCCCAGGCCAAGAAAAAGAAGAUUGACCUCAUUUUCAAAGAUGUCCUGGAAGCAUCCCUGGAGGCUAAUCAAAGUCAGAACAACCCUCUCAACAGCACCUUGUCUUUUCAAAGAGCAAGAACAAAUGUCUGCCAGGUUUUUAGCCAGCCUGAAGCGGAGUGUAAAGAAUCCGUCUUCGCCUCUGGAUUGGGUUCCAUGGACCACCAAGAGAGUGGGUUUGAUGCAAAAUGCAUUAAAACGGAAGAAACAGAAGAAGAGGCCACUCUGCCCGGCGAAGGGCCAUCAACAUCUUUCUGCCCAAACUGUGUGAGGUUAAAACGACGAAUCCGUGAGCUGGAGGCAGAACUGCUCCGCCUCAGAGGACAGGGGCAUCCUGAAAUUAAACCUUUACCACCAUCUGAACCACUUCCUAGUGAGGACCUCAGAGACACGAUGACGCCCAUCCCAGCGGUGCUUGAGGAGGACGACCAGGAUGUUGAUUCUGCUGAUGAAUCCAUUUCUGCUGACCUUAUGGUAGCUACAGAUGAGUCUUCAAAACUCUCGGUGGGCUCAGGUCGUCGGAUUCGUCGUUUCAAACAGGAGUGGCUAAAGAAGUUCUGGUUUCUCCGUUAUUCGCCCACACUUAAUGAGAUGUGGUGCCAUGUGUGCCGACAAUACACCGUCCAGUCCUCCCGCACCUCUGCUUUCAUUAUAGGCUCCAAGCAAUUCAAAAUCCACACCAUUAAACUUCAUAGCCAAAGCAAUCUGCACAAGAAGUGUUUGCAGCUUUACAAACUUCGCAUGCACCCAGAGAAAACAGAGGAGAUGUGUCGUAAUAUGAUGACUCUCUUCAAUGCUGCCUACCAUCUAGCUUUGGAAGGAAGGCCAUUUUCUGAUCUGAGACCCUUGGCGGAGCUCCUCAAGAAGUGCGACCUCAAAGUAGUAGAUCAAUACAUGAAUGAAAAUGACUGUCAAAUUCUUAUCCAACACAUUGCACGAGCAUUCAAAGAGGAUUUGGCAGAGAAGAUUCGCCUAUCACCCUUUCUAAGCAUCAUAAUGGAUGGACAGAAUGAUGAACUCUUAGCUGACACUGUUGCCGUUUAUGUCCAGUUCACCACCACUGAUGGACUUCCUGCCACAGAAUUCCUUUCCCUACAAAGGCUUUGUGGAGGCAAUGUUGAAGGGUACCUCCAGGCUGUGGAUCGUGCCUUUGGUGUCCUUGGUCUAAGACUCCAGGACAUGCUAGUUAUUGGCUUGGGAAUAGAUGGCUCAAACCUCACCUCUAGUCUGAGGGCAAAAAUUUACAUAGCCAUACGAAAAACAAUCCCUUGGGUGUUGUGUCUACCUGUGAUGAUCCAUCGUCCCCAUUUAGAGGUUCUGGAUGCCAUCAGCGGGAAGGAAUUGUCUUGUUUAGAGGAUUUGGAGAACAACUUGAAGCAACUGCUUAGCUUCUACCGGUAUUCUCCACGUAUGAUGGCUGAGCUGAGGUCGACAGCACCAACUUUGUCUGAGGAAACUGAAUUUCUUGGGGAUAUAAGGGCCGUCCAUUGGAUCAUAGGGGAGCCCAAUGUUCUCAAUGCCCUAAUCAAAGACUAUCUGGAGGUAGUUGCUCACUUGAAGAGCAUAAGCAGCCAAACUCAGAGAGGUGAUGCUGCUGCCAUUGCUCUGUCUCUUCUACAGUUCCUUUUGGAUUAUCAGUCGGUGAAGCUGAUCUACUUUCUGUUGGAUAUCAUUGCUGUCUUUUCACGACUUGCUUUCAUCUUUCAGGGGGACUAUCUGUUGCCAUCACAGGUGGAUGCAAAAAUUGAGGAUGCCAUUAAUGAAAUUGGUCAGUUGGUGGACUCCCCCGGAGAGUACCUACAGGAGUUUGAAGACAACUUUCGGGAGAGUUUCAAUGGCGUGGACCUCAAGAACUUAAGGGUUGCCGAGUCAAAGUUUCAGUCCAUUCGAGAGAAGAUCUGUCAGAGAAGUCAAGGCAUCCUAGCCCAACGUUUUGAUCCUCGCAGUCGCACAGUGGCCCAGGCUUGUCAGAUCCUUGACCUGGCCACAUGGCCUCCUAACAGGGACAAUCUUGGUGCAUAUGGAGAAGAGGAGAUCCUUGUGAUUUUUGACCACCUGGAGACUAUUCCUUCAUCUGGCCGUGAACUCUCUCAAGAAAGAAUAGAUGCCCGAGGAAGCCUUGUAGUUGAAUGGAGGGAUCUAAAAGCUGAUUAUUGUAGUUUAAAUGGUUUUAAAGAAGUAGUCAGCCACAUCUUCAGAUACAAGCAACGCUUUCCUCUUCUCAAUCACAUCCUGCAGGUUAUCAGGGUCUUGCCAACGUCAUCAACAUGCUGCGACAAAGGAAGAUGCUCGUUGCAGAAAGUGCGCAGAAAUAGCCGUUCCAGACUGACUCUGGAUCAGAUCAACGAUCUGCUCACCUUGGCCGUUAACGGACCACCUAUUGGGAGCUUUGAUGGAAAGCGAGCAUUGGACAGCUGGUUUGAAGAGAAAUCCGGGAACAGCUAUUCGCUUUCAGCAGAAGUCCUAAGCAGAAUGUCCACCGCCGAACAAAAGUCAGUGUUGCACAAUAUGGAUAUGAAUGCAGAGUAUUAUCCAGAUAUUUGACUGAUCGGUGCCAAUUACUCAGCCAAUAUGAUUCCAAAAAAGCCAUCUCAUUGGAAAAGGGCUGGUCAGGACUAUAAUGUGAUUGGCCAAGUACUUUGACACUGGCCCUGCUGCUAAAAUGGCCUAGAUCAGCGUCUUCUCUAAGAGUCGGUAUUAAUGCCUUUGCAGGUCGCAGGCACAUGAAACACUUUAAAAUGUUCAUGCAAAUGGUUGUGAUGUGUUGAUAUGUGUUUUUGUCCAAAGAGAUACUAUUUUCAAGUCGUGAGGAUUGUUGCCUUUAGGUGAAUGUUCGACUGAGCACCAUGUCAUCAGGCUUUGGUGAGUGAAGCCUCAUACAGUCUUUUUUAAUCUCUGAAAAUGUCACCUCCUUGAAAAAACAGAUUCAACUCUAUGUUCUGGAAAAACAGAUUUAUUAUUAUAUCUGCAAGAUAAUUUGAGCAAUCAUUCUGUAUUUGUAUGUAGACUUGUGUGUAUGGAGAUGAUAUAAUUUUUAUAGCAUGUUCUUAUGCUGGUUACCGCUGAUUGGAAUGGAAAUAGCCACUAUUUUGCCAUGCAUUAUAUUCCUAUCAUAAUGUUUUUAGAUACUCUUUAGUUAACCAUUAUCUUUUAAGGUUGUGUAAAUCUUGAUUUGAUAACAUGUUGAUGUGCCAUAAUACUUUAUGCAAUCGGGCACCUCUAAUGUGCAGUUUACACCCAAUCUGAUUUCGACAUUUCAAAUAUAUAGCCUAAAUAUGCAGGGUUUUAAAUGCCUUACUGAUAGAAAAAAAGAUUUCUUGUUUUUUAGCAUGUGCUGGUGUUUGAUUCCUGGUACAUGUUUAUAUGUACUGCUAUCGGCAGACCCCCUUAUUAGCCACUUCAAAUUCUAUCAGUUAAAUUUUCAUGUUUGAAGCAAUUUUACUCUGAUACCACAUCAAAGCAACAAAGAUGUUUACUUUUUAAUGCUGCAGAGGUGGUCUAAGUAGUCAAAUGUUUACUGAAAAAUUUAAACAAUGAACAGAAAACACUUCAGUAAUAAUACCCCAAAAUUCAUCAAUGUCUGUCUCAGCAAUACUUUUCAUCCAGUACAAAUGCUUGUGCAUGACGUCACCACUAGUAGGCGACACUGUACGACAGUUUACCUUUGGAUGAAGUUUUGUAGUGUCUGAAAGAAUAGCACUAUUUAAAUCAGUCAUACAAGAACAAAGCUUUUAUAUUUUGAUUGUAUUAUUAUGUGCAUUCAUGUAAUCUAGCAGUGCACGUGUUAUGGUUAGCGCCAUAUAUUUUUCCAUAUAUUUUUACUUGUUAAUUUUGCCUUGCCUUGCCACUAAAUUCCAUCAUUUAUACAUGUGCAAUAUAUAUUUCACACUUAAAUUGUACAUUCUUAACUACAAGCAAGUCUAAUACUUAAUAAUAAUAUUCCUUGAAGCAAAACUGUGGGAUUCUGAGGUUUCCAACAUGGAUUCACAAUUUCUUUUUUAACCUUGUUCUUAAAUUUCCGUAUUUUUAUCUCGUUUUAAAAAUUAUUUCUCAAGAUCAAAAAAGGAGUCGCCAGUAGAUUUAUUGGUAAUUAUAAGGCAUUUAUAAUAGUAAUUUUGUUCAGCGUUGCAAUUGAAAUUUAACAUGUUCAUUUUAUUCAUACAGUUGUUAAGGCAUUGUUAUUAUCAGUUUAGAAAAUAUUGUAAUCUGUGGUAUAUCUCAAUUUAUCCAUUUUAAAUGCAUUAAUAUCGAAGAGUAUUGAUUGCUCUCACUGUAUACAUCUGUGCAAAUUCAAAAAAGAGCAGUUAAAUGAAGUCUUCUCUAAAAUGACAUUAACCUUUAACUUUUCACAUGUACAGUUAAGGCUGGACUACCUUCCGUGUGCUACAGCGUUUCACAUUAAUCCAACUGAAAUGGCUUGUCUUUAUUUUAAAAUAGAUUUAGAUUUUGCACGUCCGAAAAUUUAGCAUGUGUUUAAAGCUUCAGAAAGCUUGUAUUUUAUGGAAAUAAUUAUUUCAAUAAAUUCCUUUUUUUAUUCUGUUUUAACAAAUGUACAUUUUAAAAAGACGUAUUUCAAAAACAGUGUUCUACCCAAAAGAUUAUUCUCAUUUAAGCUAGUUUGCUAUUUUUGUUAGCAUUUAAUGUCUCAGCAUACCCACAUCUGAACUCAUUUGAUGUAGCAAUAGAAUUGUGUUAAAGAUUACUAAGUGAGCUGCCAAAAAUUGAAUCUUUGCUUGUAUGUAUGUAUGUGAAUGCUUUUGAAUGUUACCUCACAGUGAGGUAUGUCAUCGAGUAAAUCUUCUCAUAUUGCGCUGGGAGUUAUACGCCAUAGCUGUGUGAAAGAAAACAUUUGCUCUUCUUCAAUGGUGAUUUCUCAUAAAAUGAGCCAAAGUCGAGCCUGAUUUUGUUUAGUUAAGGCUUUAAUGUGUAUUUUCCUUUAAUCAAAUACUACACGUACCAAAUGAAAAUGUCUACAUUCAUAAUUUUGUAUUUUCUUGUCAUGUAAACACAGUGAUGUGCGUUGUCCGUAUCAUGAAUUAUUCUGAAAUGUUUUCAAUGUUUUUAUGUGGGAGACAGCAGGUCUAAGGCCUAAGGAACAAAGUUACUUCUGAUUUCAGUUUAUUUUCAAACAAAGUAGUGAAUGGUAGCUCUGUAUAUUGAUUCAGUUUUUUCUUGAAGGAAAAUAUGUCAUUUGCUUGCAUUCUUACACCUUUUCUUCCUGAAAACAACAUAACACUGGAAACUCAAGAAUAUGAACUACAUGUGAAAUGGAGAAUGAAACCUGGAGAAUGUGUACAUGUAUUAUAGAAACCCACUUAAAACGACAGCAUAUGGAAUCUAUAUUCAACAAAUAAUGGUUUAAUAAAGUUUUUUUUUUGUUA